GAUUGCAAGACUGUCUCCUACGAGUGGACGGGCAAGUGCCGGAGUUGCCAGGGGACAGGGCUGGUGAGCUAUUUCAGGAAGAAGGGGAGGGAGACCAUCUGCAAAUGCGUGCCAUGCGCUGGCAUUGCUGUCAGGCAUAUAUUCUAUAUAUGCACCUUAGCCAUGUUUAGGACAAGGAACCUAUGAACUUCCAUGACGGGCAAUCAGGAGCUCAUUUAGGCGUAUCAAUCAUCCGUAGCUGCAGCAAAUCAAAUCCAAAAUGUCUCAUCUGAGCCUUUUGACCUUCAAGUACAAUCUUGAGAAGCUCAAGUCCAAGGCCGCAGGCCGGCCAACCGGCCGGCUGCUGUCCGGCGGGGACCGGCAGUUCUCCGACUUGACGAGGAUCUACAAGCCUGACGACGACGAGAUGAAGAAAGUGUUCAACAAGAUCGCCGGCGAGCACGACCGGAUCACCAGGAAGGAUCUGAAGGGGCUCCUGGAGAAGUUCGGGAAAGCCGACGCCGCGGCCGAGGCGAGGCGGAUGAUCUGCGUCGCCGACUUCAAGAAGAACGGCUACAUGGACUUCGAAGAGUUCAUGGAGGUGCACAAGAGCGGCGUGCCGCUGGGGGACAUGCGCCGGGCGUUCUUCGUGUUCGACCAGGACGGCGACGGAAGGAUCAGCGCCGAGGAGGUGAUGCAGGUGCUGCACAAGCUUGGGGACAGCUGCAGCCUGGAGGAUUGCAGGGAGAUGGUGAAGAAGAUUGACAGGAACCGUGAUGGCUUCGUGGACAUGGAUGAUUUCAUGGCCAUGAUGACUCGCUCAAGGAAGAAGCCUUGAGCCUCCUGGAGGCUGGAGCAUCCUGAUGUAGAUGAGAGCCCUAGAUAUUCAUGCGCAUGCAUAUGUGAAUUGUGAUAGUAGGGAAUAAGUUGAGCAGGGGCUUGAACUUAACCCUCCACCUAGCUUAUGAGAGGUUGCGAGCUAAUGUGAAAUAAGGAGAUGACAGCUACUGUGGUGUAUCAUGGCGUGUAAUAAACAUGUAAGGCGAAUCGUGGGAGACUUUCCAUGCAUGUCCUUGUGGGAGUACUAUUUCCCAGAACUCAAUUAGAUUACUCCAUAAAUCGGAUAACA